CCCCCCCGUGGCCCCCGCCAUGCCGGUGGAUCUCAGCAAGUGGUCCGGGCCCCUGAGCCUGCAGGAAGUGGACGAGCGGCCGCAGCACCCGCUGCAGGUCACUUACGCCGGCGCAGAGGUGGACGAGCUGGGCAAAGUGCUGACGCCCACCCAGGUUAAGAACAGACCCACCAGUAUUGCAUGGGAUGGUCUUGAUUCCGGUAAACUCUACACCCUGGUCCUGACAGACCCUGAUGCUCCCAGCAGGAAGGAUCCCAAAUACAGGGAAUGGCACCAUUUUCUGGUGGUUAACAUGAAGGGCAAUGAUAUCAGCAGUGGCACAGUGCUGUCCGACUACGUGGGAUCUGGGCCUCCCAAGGGCACAGGCCUCCACCGCUAUGUCUGGCUGGUUUACGAGCAGGCCAGGCCACUGAAGUGCGAUGAGCCCAUCCUCAGCAACCGAUCUGGAGAUCACCGUGGCAAGUUCAAGGUGGCAUCCUUCCGCAAAAAGUAUGAGCUCGGCCCCCCGGUGGCUGGCACAUGUUACCAGGCUGAAUGGGAUGACUAUGUGCCCAAAUUGUACGAGCAGCUGUCCGGGAAGUAGGGGGAAGCUUGAGAUGGGAGCCUUCUGACAUCCCACACAGUGUUCUCCAGUUCAGUGAUGCAUGUAGAUUUCUCCUGUUCCCCCCAACCUGUUUGCACAGUCAGAUAGUGGUUUAGGGUGACUUUUCCUGCUGUCUAUCCUUCAUGAUUCUCACAUACCCCAGUUUAUGUUUAGAUCAAAUUUGAGGGUUAUUUUGAUAUCAUGGGGUCAUGAACUGUUAAUAGAAGAAUAGCAACCCAGAGUUUAAAAAAAAAAAAAAUCCAGGUUAAAACCAAAAAAACAAAAGUGGGGAGGCCCAGUCCUGCUUAGCACCUGUCAGGCCUAAUUCUGGACUUAGGUCCACAGAAACAAGAAUUUUUUAAGGGAAGUUAAAAUUUGUUGCCUCUGCCUUUAUGAUCCCUGCAUCUUUAAGACGUGCUCACGAUGCUGUCUCUCACUCAGACAACUAGAGGCUGGCAUCGUGGCUAAACCCACCAUGGUACAUCUUGAACAGCUAGAAUAGAUGUCAGAAUGCCGCUCUGGCUCCAUUAGCGAGCUUUAAGGGGGUGGCCAUUUACAUAGGCAGCAGUGCCAGGUGACAGUAAUCAGGGGUCCUGGCCUCUGUGCCUGUCACACUGAUCACUCUUCAUUCGUGUAGGAAAAGCCCAUCUGGAGUUGCUGAGUGUUGUGUUGAUUCUGCCGUUUGCUAAUAGUUGAAUAAAAAAUAAAACACUGAGGUAACAUGCCAGGACUCCAGAUCUUUCUGCCUUGUUGGGUUUGGGUUUCAUAAAUGGGGGGAGUUCAAGAGACAACCUCUAAGGCUGAGUAGCCCUAUCCCUGAUCAGCAGCAGCAAAUGGGACUUGAUCCAGGAACCACACGUCUGGUCUGUCCUCCUGUAAGUGCCACUGAAAUACAGCAGGACCAACUGUUCAAACUUAUGUUUAAAAAAGUAAAUAAAACUUUAGACCACA